CACGCUCUCUCAUUGGCGGCUUGCCGGCCUCCUUUUUUUCGCGCUCCCUGAUUGGACGCUGGUGGGCAGGCAGUGACGUCACCGGCUAGUCCUGGGAAGGGCGGGUUCGGUCCGAGCGACGGAGCCCUGAGCGGUGGGGAGAGAACCGCCGUGAGUGACGUCACCCAGCCCACCUCUGCUCGCAGCCCAGAGACACGCUGAGCCCACCCUGAGGGUCUCUCUUUCCUACUUAUGGAUGAGCCAGAGUCUGACAGCCCGGCCAGUAUCCUGGCCUCAGUGCGAGCACAGGAGGCACAGUUUGAACUGCUGUCUCGUGCUCUGGAAGAAGAGAGGAGACACGUCACUGCUCAGCUGGACCGGGUGUGGGUGACGCCACAGGAACCUACCCCCCCAAUCGCCAAUGGCACCCUCACCCGUCGCCAGCAGGAUCGGUCACCAGUUGUGUACUCCCCAAUUAGGAUGGAGGGCCACCAGCUGCUACCUGCAGAUGAAAGCUAUGCACUGGAUGAGGAUCACUCCUAUCUAUCCUACAGUAUGUCCGAUGAUCCCCGGAGCGGUGAUAUUGCAAUAAAACCAUCUGUUGGAUACUCACAAACGUUAGAUCGUCCAUAUCGUGAUCCAGUUGGAGGGGGUGGUGCAUACACAACUGUACCCAGAAAUUACCAUUUUCGAGGCCCAGGUGCGGAGCCAAUGCAAAUGAUUCCUCCCCAGCAACAUCCUGGGUACAGCAGUUUAUCUAGGCCCAAUCAGAGAUACCGCACUGUGGAACCUUACAGAGCUCCAGGUUAUGGGCCUCAGCCACAAGUGAGAGGGGGUGGCUUUGGCGGUAGCCAGUCUGAUUUGCUUGCUGGCCGGGGAUAUGGAUCUGAAGAUGCCUAUGGAAUGGAAGAUGAUCGUAGAAGCCUUGGUGGUUAUGUAGAUGGCCCUGACUAUUCCACAAUGGGAAGGAGAGGAGCUAAUGGAGGUGACCCACGCAGGAGGCUGAGGAGUUAUGAAGAUCCCCUCUCUGAUCACUAUGGGUCUACUCUACCUGCCUCAGGCAGCCUUUCGAGCCUUGGACCUGCUCCUUUGGGUCUUGCCCCCAGUAGUGGAACUUGGCGUCAGCCAGAAUUACCAGAGGUCAUCGCAAUGCUUAGCUACACUCUGGAUGCUGUUAGAUUAAAUGCAGCUGCCUAUUUGCAGCAUCUUUCCUAUCGGAAUGAGGAUGUCAAGAAAGAGGUAUGUCGCCUACGUGGAAUACCCCCUCUUAUAAGUCUACUGGAAGACCCACGAGCCCCUGUCAGACUUGCAGCAUGUGGAGCACUCAAGAAUCUUUCUUAUGGUCCCGCAAAGGAGAAUAAGAUGGCAGUGAAAAACUGUGAUGGAGUUCCAGCAUUAGGAAGACUGUUAAGGAGGAGAGGGGAAGGCAGAGAGGGGAGAGAAAUGGCAGAGUGUGUAACUGGCACUCUUUGGAACCUGUCUUCUUUGGACUCCAUAAAGAUGGAGCUUGUUGAUCAGGCUUUAAACACUCUCACUCAGGAAAUACUUGUCCCUCACUCUGGGUGGCAACGAGAUGGAGGUGUACAGGAUGGAGAAGAGGGGAAGCCCAGAAAUAUUGAGUGGGAGCAAGCCCUGGUUAACACUACUGGCUGUCUAAGAAACAUUUCCUCUGAGCGCUCUGAGGCACGCAGGAAGAUGAGAGAGUGUGAGGGACUAGUGGACUCUGUUGUUUACAUUCUUCGGUCUGAGAUAAGCAACAAGCAAGUAGACCGUAAGCUUGUGGAGAAUGUAGUAUGCCUGCUUAGGAACCUAUCAUACCACAUACACCGUGAGAUUCCACAGGCUGAGAAAUACCAAGAAGCACCACAAAAUAACACCGCUGAGCCCCGCAACCAAAGUUGCUUUGGAGUUCGACGAGGAAAAGGCAAGAAGACUUCAGAAGAGAAUUCUGCAGAUGCUGUUGAUUUUCCAAAGAGAACAGCCCCAGCACAAGGUUAUGAGCUUCUCUUUCAGCCAGAGUUAGUGCAGCUUUAUGUGUCUCUUGUAAAGUCUUCUCGCACAGAGGCGGUGCUGGAAGCAGCAGCUGGAGCCCUUCAAAACCUGUGUGCUGGAAAUUGGACUUAUGGCCGCUGUAUUCGUGCUGCUGUUCGUCAGGAGAAAGGGCUUUCGUUACUGGCUGAUCAUCUGAACAACAAGAGUGAGCGUGUUGUACGUGCCGUAUGUGGAGCAUUGCGCAAUCUCUGUGGAGACAGCCGGAACAAAGAACUGAUUGGUAAGCAUGCGCUCAACAGUCUUGUGGCGCAGCUUCCCAGCUCAUCUUCCCAGUAUGUAUUGUCAGAAGAUACUACUGUUGCCAUUCUCGGUGUCAUUCAGGAAGUAAUCACUGGUAAUCUGGAAGCUGCAAAAAAGCUUAGAGAAAGUCAAGGAAUUGAAAGACUGGUUUUGAUCAACAAGGGAGGUGGACGCUCUGACAGAGAGAUACGUGCGGCAGGUCUUUGCUUACAGACCGUUUGGGGUUAUAAGGAUCUGAGAAGACCAUUAGAGAAAGAAGGGUGGAAAAAGACAGAUUUCCAGGUGUCUCUUGCUGGGACGACUCGUGCACAAGGAUAUGAUGAUAGCACUCUUCCGCUUAUUGAUCGGAAUCAGAAAAAUGAUAAGAAGUCUGGUAGCAUGGACAUCCCUUUGAAUGAUAUCAGAACAGAUCCAUACUCGCACAAUGGAGACAGUAGCACUCGCCACUUAAACCGUUCAGGAGAUUUGUCAGAACUGGAGCCCCUAAAGGAACGGUCUCUCAGUGCUGCGGGAUCUCUGGAUCUUGGGGAUGCUGAAGACCAGCCAGUCUAAUACCACAUCUCUCGCAUGUGGUGAAACACAAGCUUGAGCCUAUUGAGGAGCUACAGGUCCACAAAUGCUUCAUUCUUUAACCUCACUGCCUGUCCUUUUCCCAUCCAUUACUACCUUUUGGUUCUCUGCUGCAUCUGAAGAUCUCAUCUGCAGUGUAAAUUGUGAUGACCUAUUGGAAUAUUUUUAGACAAGUGAUGCAGCAAAUGCGAUAAAAUAUCGAAAAAAAAUGUGUAGAAUGACUGUAAAUAUGGGAACACUAACAUAUCAUGACAUGGCUGAUAUUGCGACACUAACAGUCUUUUUGGAUUGCUGGAGAAGCCACUGAGCUGUCUCUGCUUCUUUGAUUAUGUCCCCCUCCCCUUUUUGUUUUCCGGGUGACCUGGUUUUAUGUUUGCCUCGAAUAAUUUGUCUGAUUCUCUCCCAUUCCUUUUUUUAAUAUUUGUUUUGCAUUGUUUUUUUGUUUUGUUUUUCUUGGAAUCACCAGUGGCCUUCUCUUGGGGGAGGGAUUAUAGUGGGGUGGCUGUAUAAUUAACUCUCACCCCCGAUUGCUUCUCUACAAACAUUUUUCAUAACAAUCUGAUGCCAAGGAUUAUGUUUUUUAUAAAUAAAAUUUUUAAGACAA